AUGCCAAAUAAUAGAAGUACUUAACUUUUCUGUAAUGAGAUAAUAUCUAGAAUAAUGCGAUAUUUAAUUGAGUAAAUUAGAGUAUCUUUGCUAUAAUUUUUUUAUUAGCAAACAUUAAUUUUAAUUAGUAAAAUUUAAGGUGCCUGUCAGUACAGCAAUUAAAAAUCAAUAGAUAUUUUAUAUAAUAAGUAGAAUAGUAGAAUGAAUGAAGUUGAUUUAUAAUCUAUAGAUGAUUACAACAACUAAUGUGAUGAGAUAUCACAAAAAGUGGAUAAACUGAUAAAGUAUUUAAAUGAGUGCAACUCAAUAGAGGCUGAGUCAUAAUAAAAUAUGAUAGAAGUAUUAAAUUGUAUUAAGAUUGGAUUAGAUAGCUAUGAUUUGUAUUCCUUUGCAGAUUUUAUGGAAGAAGAAUAAAUUAUGGAGCUAUUAAAUUCCAUCAACAACAUCUAUUUGAAAUACAAGGAUGUCAUAAAUGUUGACCUUUAGGAAAAGUUUAGAGAAUAUAAUAGUACUUUAGAGAAUCGCCUCCUUUAUCUUGAUUAGCUCUAGAAAAAUAAAAAUGCUCAUUAUUACAUUUUAGACAAUAAUUAAAAUAAUAAUAAAAUCGUUUUAGAAAACAAUCCAUAGCAAGAAGAAGCAGAAAUAGCAUACAGGCCUGUAAAAUUGCAAAAAUUACAAGUUUAUUAAAAUAAUACUGUCUAAUAUUGA